CGGAAGCGAAGCAGUUAGGAGAGGGACAUGGCUGUGAGAGCUUGUGGCUUGAUCAUCUACAGGAGGCUGCAGUCACCACCAUCUUCUAAGGUCACUGAUGGUAUUGAAUAUCUCCUCCUUCAAACAUCCUAUGGGACCCAUCACUGGACCCCACCCAAAGGCCACGUGGACCCAGGAGAGGAUGACCUGCAGACAGCCUUCCGGGAAACACAGGAGGAGGCUGGUCUCCAGGCCAGUCAGCUCACCCUCAUAGAGGGGUACAAGAAAGAGCUGCACUAUCCUGUCCGUGGCAAGCCUAAAACGGUCAUUUACUGGCUGGCUGAAAUGAAGGACUGUAACACUGAAAUCAAGCUCUCAGAGGAGCACCAAGCAUUUCAAUGGCUGAAGCUGGAGGAUGCUUGUAAACUUGCAGAAUAUGAGGACAUGCAAGUGACGCUGAAAGAAGUGCAUCAGUUUCUCUGCUCCAAGGAGUGAACUUGUGAAGGGGGAGGAACUACAGGGGUGCAGAAAUGUAGACAUCUUUUUAAAAUCUGUACAAAUUCAGUGAAAAUAGUUGGAGCUUUUAAAGAGCUUGUGCUUUUGCCCCUCCCUAGCUAAUCCAAAAAAACAUGUUUUAAUUGAACCAUGAG